AUGGCAAAUUGGGUACUGGCCCGCGGGCCUGGCCCGUAAGGGUUUGGUGCGGGGCGGGUUUGGGCCUAAGAAUUCAUGACCCGCAAAAAAGCGGGCUUUGCGGGAUGGAGCUUGCACGGUACCGGGUUGAAAGCGGGACGGCCCGUAACAACCGCGGGAAGACCCAGAUGAACCGCUAGACGCUUCAGUUGCUUUCGUCACCUGAAAUUCUGAAAACAAAACGAAAGAGAGAGUGGGAAGAGAUGGAGCUCCGACGAUGGCCGUGGGAAGAGAUGACAACGAUGGCCGUGGGAAGAGAUGAAGACGAUGGCCGUGGGAAGAGAUGGAGUUCCGACGAUGGCCGUUGGAUGUCCGACAGGCGACAAUGCUUCUGGUGACCACAUCGUGUUCAAUCUGCAGUAGAGGAGCUUCUCUUCCUUUUCGUUCCACCACCGACGAUGGCCGUUCGAUGUCCGACAGGCGACAAUGCUUCUUGAUGAUGUCUUCUCUGCUUCAUCUUCUUCUGCGAGUGUUUCAGCACCAUCUCCUUUCGGAGCAGCGCCAGCCAGUGGUUCAGCACCACUCUUUGGAUCUUCCUCAUCCUUAUUCUCCGCUCCUUCAUCUGCAGCCGGAUCGAGUUCUCCUCUCUUCGCUACAUCCUCAUCAUCUGCUACUACAACGCAGACAUCUCUUGUUGUGGCUUCGACGACUGGGACAAGCACAACUGUUGCAGCUCCAGUGGCUGGUGCUCCCAAGUUACCAUCUGAAAUAACUGGCAAAACUGUUGAGGAGGAGUGGAAUACUGAGCUAGAAGAGCGUACAGGGAGUUUCCGGAAACAGGCAAAUGCAAUAGCUGAAUGGGAUAAGCGGAUCCUGCAGAACCGUGAUGUUUUUUUGAGGCUUGAGGAAGAAGUAGACACUAUAAUACCCAAUAUCCCGCGGGACGGCCCGCGAAGGCUUGUAAAAAAUGCGGUACGGGAUUGGUCAGCUACUUUCAGAACCGCAUCCCGCGCGGGACAAGUCCGCCGUGUCCCACCCAAAGACAAACCCGCAGCGGUCCGGGACGGGACGGGACGGGAGAGCCCAAUUGACAUCUCUAUUCACUGGUUUAAAGCAUUUCCCGUUAGAUAA